CGUUUUGUGGUGAUGAAAAAAGUAGUUUUUAAUGUGCAAAAUCAUUAAAAUUCGUAGUGAAAAUUAGUGCAAAACUUAACUUGAAGUUCGCGCACUCUUUGUACGGUCAAAUAUGGACGAAGAAACGCCGGAACUGCUGUUUUUCGAUACAUUUUCUCACGACACCUAUGAGAAAUUAAACCUGGAUCUGGUGCAGUUCCCGAAGCCGGUUUACAUCACGGAGGUGCGCAUCAUUCCGUUGGGGGCGCGCGUACAGGCCGAUUUUCCCGGUGGCGUCCGGCUGGGGGCCACCAAUCCGUCGCAGUUUAAAAUCGAGCUGUUCGUGAACGAUCUGGGAAAGCCGGGAGCGCCGACCUUCGAGUGUUUGGGCGAUUUCGAGUACAAUCAGAACAAUUGUAUUCACCUGGAGUGCGGCAAGCCGGACGAUGUUGGUCCGCGUCCGAUUCCCACCGAUGGGCUGGUGCUGAAGGGGUUCUAUACGACGAUUACGCUAGCGGUGUACGGUGUGUUGACGGCGAAUAUUGCCGAGCCGAUCGUAUCGCCGAGGGAGGCUUCGCCUCCGCCGGAUCAGGUGCUGCCCGUUGAGGUUGGACCGGGAGCGGGGCAGGAUGGAAUUGCCGAGCCACUGGGGGUGGCUCAGGAGUGGUUGGAGGAACCGGCUCCGGUCGUCGUGCCGACGGAGGUGUUUGUGCAGAAGGAGUAUCCCGAGGCGGAUGGGGAAGAUAUCCCGAAGGAUCCACGGCCGUAUGCAAGGCGGGUGGCUGCCGCAGCUGCGGCAGUUGGGGUAAUCCCGGCGGAGCCGGUUUCUCCGAAAAUGAUGGAAUGCGGUGAGGUGGUUGUGGAUAAGCGUGGCAAGCGGGUUUCCCGUUCCACCGAGAGGCAGUUGCAGUAUGAACCGACGGUGCGGUCCAGGGGUCGCAGCCACGAAUAUUCUCGUUCGCCCAGUUUGUGUAAGGAUUAUCAAACGCAGAAAAGGGAUUGGUCUAGAAGUCCGGAUUAUGGGCAGCGUUCGAGACGAAUUCGCAGCAGUUCGUACGACCGGGUUCGUAGGGGUUCGUCGUACGAUCUGGAGAAGGAAGAACGACGUCGGCCGAGAUCGCCGAUUGAUUCGCCCCGGCGACCCAGGUCGCCGGAUCCGUUGGAUUCAUCCAACGAUUAUGACGAUGCUGAUUUCCGUCACGGUGGAGGGCACAAGUACGAUAAACGUUCGGCUGAGGGACGUUUGAAGGGUUCGAGUGGAGGUGGCGCAGCCACCGCAACCGGAAGCCCGGCUUCCGUUUCGGCUACGCCGGUGGCUUCACCGGCUUUGGCACCCGAUGAGGAUGCUCUGUCUGCUACGGAGCAGUUUGAACCGAUUCUCAGUGAUGAGGAUAUUGCCGAUGAUUAUGACUACGAUAUGGAGUACGAUUUUGCGGAGGAAUAUUAUAAGAGUUUCAAUCCGCUGACGGUGGUGCUGAAAAAGUUUGCUCCGGAGGAGGACAAACCAGCGGCUGUGUUUUCCUCGAUCAAGCAUCUGGAGAACGUGUUGAAGAACGUGCGCUACUCGAAGCUGGCGACGGCCAAUUUCGGAGCGGAAUCCGGUGAUUUUAAGGAGGGUUUUGUGGUUUACACCGAACAGAUUGUGCAGCUGUUGAGUCAGAUUUUUCAACUGCCCGAAUGUCGGUCCAGGUUCGAGCGUGACCUAGCCGGUUGGAUUGAGCAGAAGGUGGAAGGGGUUGAUGUUAUGUUGAACUGUAUUAAGUUGGGGCUGGAUGUGGAUCGAGCACUGACACAGCCGCAGCCUGCCUAUAAGCUGCGGCACAUGAAGGCCGGAAUUCGGCUGACGGAGUUUUUGGGUUCAACCGAAGCUUUUGUGAAGGUUAUUCUGGAGCAGGAGGAUUUUAACAUUUUCGACAAACUGCUUGGCCUGUACUCUCAAAGUUAUAUGGCUCUGUCCAUUAAGCUGAUGAUAAUUCGGUCGAUUUACGCCUGUUUGGACACCAAGCAGGGCUUGGACUACUUCCUAAGUCCAGAAUAUAAUGGAUAUCAGAUUUUGCUGGAUUUAAUUCAGGAGAAUCCUUCAACUCGCAUCAGUUUUGCGCUGAAAUCCCUCCUAAAGAAGAUUAAUAUGUACGAAAAUUUGGAUCUGAUGCGCAGCACCGUUUCCGAUAUGUAUGCAACCCGGCUUGAGCCGGGUUUUAAAGCGGAUCCUUCGACGGUUUCCGUACUGGAGAACUGUUUCACGGAACUGACGAAGGCUCUGACCUGGGACGCCAUAGCUUACAGUCAACCGAAGCGUUUUCUGCCGGUUUCGGCUAAAUUUGAAAUUCACAAGGACAUUCACUCGUCGCUGACGGCCAACCGAAGCUUUGUGGCCUUCUUCGAAACGCACAAACUACUGGAGACGAUCGUGUUUUUGUUGGAAAUGAAGAUUUCGUCCUCUUCGCUGAUUGGGGCGGUUUAUGAUUUGCUGGCUGCCCUGCUGAAGAACCACCAGAAGCUGGCGUACCUCAUGGAUCACAUCGAGACGGUUAAUGUUCUGUUGAGGAUCUUGUUCCAGCACUGUCCGGCUGCUAUCGGCUCUGACGAGCCUCACCCGGAAGAUUUGCUACAUGAUUUGACGCGUGGUCAACUGUUGGGACUGGAGAUGGCCUACAAACUGCAGACGGUGUACUAUCUGGAUGGCAUUGGCCAAACGAAGAACGAUUUGGAUAAGCUGGUGGAAUCUUUGCAAUCGCUGUUUCAUUUGACCACCAGCAUUGGGAAGCGACAUGUUGUGGAGGUGAUUUGCAUGGAAGAUAAUCUCCAGCUGUUGCUGGAUUUAAUUGAGAUUGAAAAAAGGGCACUUUCGAAGGAAGGAUCGCCCGGCGUUAAGCACAAGUCCCCGGUGCUGAGCUACAGCGUUGAUUUGGUGGAUUGUGCUGUCCGCCAGUGCGACAAUGUUGCCUAUUUGGUGAAGCACGGCGAGAGUUUGCUGAAUUUGGUUAAACAACACGAACAGUUCGAGUCGUCGGUUAGUGCCAUGCUUCAGGAAAUGGCAGUUUAUCUAAAACCGCUGGAAAUUCACGAAAUAUUCUCCUACGAAGACAUUAACCCGUUGGUAGAGCUGAUGAAGCGAAGCUUCGAAUUUAUAACGACUUUCCCUGGAGAUCUUAUUAUGUCACUGCGAUUGCUUCGCUAUUUGGGCAUUCCGGAACAUGAAGGACAAGGCGAACCAAGCCACCGGGAGCUUAAAUACAAGUAUACAAUCCUGCAAUUCUACUCAGCCGAUGGUAAAACCCUGCUAAUUUCGAUCCUCGAGAAGCUGUACACUUACUUUGACCAACCGGCGAUUCAUGCCUCCAGUUUGGCCAGCAUGCAAGGAAUUUUACUGACUCAAAUUCUUACUCCAUUGAUUCAAAUUCUGCGCAAAUUGAUGACUUAUUUAGUCGAGUGUCGUAACACCGAAUUCAAGGAUCUAACCGUAAUCGAACCUCUGCUGAGAACCUAUGCUCUAAUGCAAAGCGUCCCACUUACUGCCCCCGCCAUCAACGAGGCGCGUGAAAUCCAAAAGGACAUCAUUCGAAUCCUGCUAAUUUUUACCCAACCGACCCCAACGGAUGGUCUCGACACCAACAACAUCCACAAAAGCCUCUGGACCCUGAUGAUCGGAGAACUAAUCAAAUUUAUCUUGUACGGACCAAACUACUUCAUACCUGGUUUGUUAGUUUUCUCCGAACUGCUGCCUUUGCCGCUGCCAAUCCAAUGCCGCCAGGAACUAACGCCAAUUGAAGUCAGCAAACUGGUAAACGAACGCCAGCUCUGGUCCGCUCAUUUACAUCCGCAAAGCCCAGCCAUCACGGAAAUGAUCCAAACAAUCUGCCCCUCCAGCUACACUCCACUGUUGGUCAUCUUCAGUCGCGUCUGCCUCCAACUAUCGGACUUAGCACCAAACAUGACCCUCCUAAUUUCGAAAGCUAUUACCGACCUAAUCCUGCAGGAACCCCUGCUUUCCGGAGGGCUCGCAAGCACCUCCCACGCACGCCUAUUCAGCUUCCUCGGAAGCUUGGUCUGCCACGCUUCGGUGAAAAUUUCCGUCCUUUCGAUUCUUCCCGGACGCAUCAUGGAUCUGAUGACGGGCUUCCUGCUGAACAGCGGCCAAACACCGGCCCACCAGCAAACGCAGGAAAACAUCUACAUCGUGUUCCAGAAUCUGCUGGACACCGAAUUUGCAAUGGUUUUCGGAAGCAACAUCGCCCCGGCGAUGCAGCUUGCCUGUUCGCUCCCGUCGAAGGAAAUCGUCGAAAGCUGCUGUUCGACCAUCGUCGAUAAUCUGUCCAGUGUGGAAAUCGGGGCCGGCCUGCUGGCCGCCGUCGUUCGCACUAUGCUGCUGCUGACCGAGCACGACAUUACCCUUUCGACGCUGCUGGUGGCCAUGGAAAAACGUAGGGAAGCCAUUCUUUCGGUGGUUCAGCACUUUGCCGAUCGGGCCCGCGACAUUCCGGAUUCCUACCGGCAGAUCUUCAUCAUGCUGGCCGAAUUUUGGCGCUCGCUGAUCAUGAUCGACGAUACGGCACUGAUCGGCUUCAAUCUACCGAAACGUACGGUUAAACUGAAUCGCGACCAGCUGGCGACCUUCCUCUGUCGGAUGAGCGUCAAAAAGGAAGGUCAAGACUAUCCGCUGGAUAGUGAUUGUACCCAACUGUUGAAAACCCUGCUGAACAUCUACCGGGUGGAGCCGAAACCGGUGGAACCGGUAGUUGACCCCGCAGCGGAUGCUGAAGAAAGCUCGCAAUCGGCUCCGCCGAUGAUCAUUCCCCCCGUGGAUACGCUGGAGGAAAACCUAACCUAUCUCAUUGAACAACUAAAGGAUGUUUCCCCCAACUGGGAGUCUCAGUUCGAUUUCGGAACCGUGGAAUCCCUUCCACAGGCGGAAGGCAUCGUCACCCAGUAUGCUUCACGCAGUGUUUUCAUAAUCAGCGAAGAGUUUGAAGAUCAGCUGAAAGCCAGUUACUGGUUAAGUUUCUCCCCGUGUGAUGAAGAUGUCGAGCGGGAGCAGAUCCCGUGCGAUCUACAGGAGCUAGCAAAGACCUGCCUGGCCGGGGACAUCAAUUUGACUUCGGACUGCAAACGACUGCUGCACCUGUCCGCUUCACCACACUCAAACCGGGAUCGCGUCACAACGGCACCCUGUUUCCGAACGCGCCGUGUUGAGGUGGAACCCAGCACCGGUCGACCGGAGAAAAAGAUUUUCGCUACUCCCCUCCGGGGACGCGGUUUCACCCGAGCCCCGGUCACACGCGGCGACCUGUUCCGCUCUCGUCCGCCGAACACAUCCCGUCCUCCAUCGCUGCACGUGGACGACUUUCUGGCACUUGAAACGUGCGGUGCCCAGCCGACGGGACCCACAGGAUAUAACAAACUCUCGCGUGACAUUAUCACCAUUCGGGGCAGUGGCCGUAGCCGCGGUCGAUCGUUUUCCGAUCGAAUUCGUUCCGGACCGGGCUCGGGUUGGGGUGGUCAGGGUGGCGGCGGUGGUGGUGGUGGUGGCGGUGGAAGCGGUGGAGGAUCUAGCUGGUCGCAGGGUCACGAUAGCCCGUCCGGUUCGGGUAGCGGUGGGAAGCACUUUGGAAGCAGCAGCCAUGGACACUACCGGGAGCAGUCGCAGAAUCACUUUGGGGCACCGCAUGUGCGUUCACGUUCCGGUAGAGGGUUCAAUCGGUACGGUAGCCGACUUUACUCACGGCCGAACUAAGGGUGAGUAGCAUUGUGUCAGUUCAUCGUCGUUGUUCUUGCGCCGCAAUGUGGGUUGUUACUUGUUAGCUGCGAUAACACUGCAAUUAUUAUUAUAAAACUAUCGACACGUACAUCUUCUAGGUGUGUAACACUUAUCAACUUCGCUGCUGGCUAAAGCAAUUAGCGAACAUUAUCUAUUUCAACAUUAAACUUAACAUAUUUACCUUUUAA